AUGAGUAACUGGGGAGGGCCAGAAGCAAUUACCAGAUUCCUGAGGAAAGAGGGGGAACUCCUUAAGGACAUUGGAAGUCUAAGGAAGGAGAGAACAAGAAAUUCUUUGCCUGCAGGGGCCCAAAAGUCUCUCAACAUAUCCUGGGAAGUCCAGCGCUAUGAUGGCUGGUUCAACAACCUGAGACACCAUGAGCGAGGCUCAGCAGGCUCCAAGCUCCAGCGUUUGGUCCCUGCCACAUACUCAGAUGGUGUUUACCAGCCCUUGGAGGAGCCAUAUCUGCCCAACCCUAGAACCAUCAGCAACUUUGCCAUGAAGGGUGCUUCUGGGAAUUCCUCCUUGCGUAAUCGAACUGUGCUUGGGGUCUUCUUUGGCUACCAUGUCCUUUCUGAGGUGGUGAGUGUGGAAAGGCCAGGCUGUCCUGCUGAGUUUAUGAAUAUCCGAAUCCCCAAAGAUGAUGAAGUGUUUGGCCCAAACCAAACUGGAGAGGAUGUGGUGCUGCCCUUCCAGAGAAGCCAGUGGGACUCACAAACAGGGCAGAGCCCUAACAACCCCCGAGACCAGAUCAAUGAGGUCACCAGCUGGCUGGAUGGCAGUGCCAUCUAUGGCUCCUCUCAUUCCUGGAGUGAUGCACUGAGGAGCUUCUCUGGUGGGAAACUGGCAUCAGGGCCAGAUCCUGACUUUCCCAAGGACACUCAGGGAUCCCUUCUCAUGUGGACAGCACCAGAUCCUUCCACAAAGCAGGAUGGCCCUCAAGGGCUAUAUGCCUUCGGGGCUGAGAGGGGGAACCAAAACCCAUUUCUGCAAGCAGUGGGUCUUCUCUGGUUCCGGUAUCACAACUUCUGGGCUCAGAGGCUAGCUGAGGAGCACAAGGACUGGGGAGAUGAGGAGCUGUUCCAACAUGCCCGAAAGAGGGUCAUCGCUACCUAUCAGAACAUUGUCCUGUAUGAAUGGCUGCCCAGCUUUGUGAAUAAAACUCCCCCAGCAUAUGAAGGGUACAAGUCAUUCUUGGAUCCUAGCAUCUCCCCCGAGUUCCUAGCAGCCUCCCAGCAAUUCUUCUCCACCAUGGUGCCCCCUGGUGUCUAUAUGAGAAAUGCCAGCUGUCAUUUCCAAAACAUCACCGAGGAGGACCAGAACUCAGCAAUAGCAAUUAGAGUCUGCAACAGCUACUGGAAUCGGAAGAACCCAAAUCUGGACAGUGCUGAAGCAGUGGACAAACUACUCCUAGGGAUGGCCUCACAGAUCUCCGAGAGAGAAGACAGGAUUGUAGUACAGGACCUGAGAGAUUACUGGCCAGGCCCUGGAAAGUUCUCACGAACAGAUUAUGUGGCCAGCAGCAUUCAGAGGGGCCGGGAUCUGGGACUGCCCAGCUAUAACCAGGCCCUUGAAGCAUUGGGGUUGGAGACCCUGAAGAACUGGAGCACCCUCAACCCCAAGCUGGAGCCCAAUGUCUUGGAGGAGAUAGCCACCUUGUACAACUGGAGCCUGUCUCUUCUAGAGAUGCUCCCAGGGGGCCUCUUGGCGAGCUAUGGGAACCCUGCACCCCUGUUCAGUACCAUCGUCUUUGACCAAUUUGUUCGGUUACGAGAUGGAGACCGUUAUUGGUUUGAGAACACAAAAAAUGGGUUGUUCACAAAAGAAGAGAUUGCUGAAAUCCAAAACACGUCCCUCCAUGAUGUCUUGGUUAAUGUCACUAACAUUAGUCAUGAUGCCCUGCAAUCCAGUGUCUUUUUCUGGCAUGAGGGAGAUCCAUGCCCACAACCUCAGCAGCUUACAGAAGAUAUCUUGCCCCCUUGUGCACCCAUGACAGUGUUAGACUACUUCAAAGGCAGUGGUCCUGGCUUUGGGCUUACUAUUGUAGCCCUCUUCUGUCUCCCCUUAGUGAGUCUGUUCAUUGCCUGGGUGGUAGCACAUUUCCGAGGCAGAGAGUUCAAGAAGCUACAGAAGAAAGAGAAACAGAACUCAAAGAAGGAAAUACCCAUGGAGGUGGUACCAGCAAUGGAGUGGCCAGGCCCAGGCAUGAGGAGCUCUCCUGUAUAUCUAGAGCUACUCCCAGAGAGAUCUCUCCGAGUGCUAGAUGAACAGUCUUCUAUGAUCCGGUCCAUCCAACUCCAGCCUUUAAAACAGAUGAAUCUGAUCCAGUCAAACAACCAUGGCUGUCGGACACUGCUACUCAAGAUCCCUAAAGAAUAUGACCUAGUGCUGAUGUUUAACUCUGAGGAGGAGCUGGGUACCUUCGUCCAGCACCUUCGGGGUUACUGUGGUGACUGGGACCUGGACUUUGGGCUGUCACAUAUGAGGGAAGAAGACCUAUUCAAAAAAGCUGUGACCAAGCAGCAGCGGGAGCAUAUCCUUGAGACCUUUUUCAGGCACCUUUUUGCACAGGUGCUGGACAUUGACCAGGCAGAAGCAGGGAUCCGGCAUUCAGACUCAUCUCAGAAAGUUCGAGAGGCCCUGGCCUGUGAGCUGAGCAGGGCAGAGUUUGCAGAGUCCCUUGGCCUCAAGCCUCAGGCCAUGUUUGUAGAGUCCAUGUUCUCUCUGGCUGACAAAGACAACAAUGGCUACUUAUCCUUCCGAGAAUUCCUAGACAUCCUAGUCAUCUUCAUGAAAGGCUCUUCAGAGGACAAGUCUCAACUCAUGUUCACCAUGUAUGAUCUGGAUGAGAAUGGCUUUCUCUCCAAGGAGGAAUUCUCCACUAUGAUGAGGUCCUUCAUCGAGAUCUCCAACAACUGCCUGUCCAAAGCCCAGCUGGCUGAGGUAGUGGAGUCCAUGUUCCGAGAAUCUGGCUUCCAAGACAAGGAGGAGCUGACCUGGGAGGACUUCCACUUCAUGCUGAGGGACCACGAUAGCGAGCUCCGCUUCACUCAGCUUUGUGUGAAAGGUGUUCCAGAUAUCUUUAAGCAGAAUAUCAGCAACCGAGUUUCUUUUAUCAACAAAAAACGGACAGGAGGCAUGAAUACCAAUGGAGUUGAGAUUUUAUCCUCGGAGACCUCAGACCCUGGCAGCACUGGGACAAGGAAUAGGUUUGUCAAGAAGGUAACCACUCGUGCACCCAGGCUAUAUACAGAGGCCCAAAGGGAAAAGCUUCCUGGAAGCCAGUUUUCUCAGAAGCUGAAGCAAUUUAAGCGUUUUGUGGAGAAUUAUCGGCGACAUAUUGUCUGUGUGGCUAUCUUCUCUGCCAUCUGUGCUGGUCUGUUUGCAGAGCGGGCUUACUAUUAUGCCUUUGCCUCACCAAGCUCGGGCAUCUCACAGACUACACUUGUUGGUCUCAUCAUCUCCCGGGGCACAGCAGCCAGUGUUUCCUUCAUGUUCUCCUACAUCCUGCUCACCAUGUGCCGAAACCUCAUCACCUUUCUACGGGAGACCUUCCUCAACCGUUAUGUGCCCUUUGAUGCUGCAGUGGACUUCCACCGAUGGGUUGCCAUGGCAGCUCUCAUCCUAGCUAUUUUGCACAGUGCUGGCCAUGUGGUCAACGUCUUCAUCUUCUCCAUCAGUCCACUCAGUGUGCUCUCAUGCAUCUUCCCAAAUGUCUUUGUGAACAAUGGGUCCCAGCUGCCCCAGAAGUUCUACUGGUGGUUCUUCGAGACCGUCCCAGGCAUGACAGGAGUGCUUCUUCUAGUGGUUCUGGCAAUCAUGUAUGUCUUUGCCUCCCAUCACUUCCGGCGACGAAGUUUCCGGGGCUUCUGGCUGACCCAUCAUCUUUACAUCCUGCUGUACAUCCUGCUCAUCAUCCACGGCAGCUAUGCUCUGAUCCAGUUGCCCCGUUUCCACAUUUACUUCCUGAUUCCUGCUCUAAUUUAUGGUGGGGACAAGUUGGUGAGCUUAAGCCGGAAGAAGGUGGAGAUCAGUGUGGUGAAGGCUGAACUGUUGCCCUCAGGUGUGACCCACCUGGAGUUCCAGCGGCCCCAUGGCUUUGAAUACAAGUCAGGGCAAUGGGUUCGUAUUGCCUGCUUGUCCCUGGGUACCACAGAGUACCAUCCCUUCACACUCACCUCUGCACCCCAUGAGGACACACUCAGUCUGCACAUCAGAGCUGUGGGACCUUGGACCACACGACUUAGAGAGAUCUAUUCACUUCCACCAGGCAACAGCUGUACCAUAUAUCCUAAGUUGUACCUGGAUGGCCCAUUUGGAGAAGGCCACCAAGAAUGGCAUAAAUUUGAGGUAUCCGUGCUAGUGGGUGGGGGCAUUGGGGUUACUCCCUUUGCCUCCAUUCUCAAAGACCUGGUCUUCAAGUCAUCAGUCAAUAGCCAACUGCUCUGCAAGAAGAUCUACUUCAUCUGGGUAACAAGGACUCAAAGGCAGUUUGAGUGGUUGGCAGAUAUCAUCCGAGAGGUGGAGGAGAAUGACCUUCAGGAGCUGGUGUCUGUGCACAUCUACAUCACCCAACUGGCUGAGAAGUUUGACCUUAGGACCACCAUGUUGUACAUCUGUGAGCGACACUUCCAGAAGGUGCUGAACCGCAGUCUUUUCACUGGCCUGCGCUCCAUCACUCACUUUGGUCGUCCCCCCUUUGGCCCCUUCUUCAGCUCCCUCCAGGAGGUCCACCCAGAGGUUCGGAAAAUUGGGGUGUUUAGCUGUGGUCCCCCUGGCAUGACCAAGAAUGUGGAAAAAGCCUGUCAACUCAUCAACCGACAAGACCAGGCUCACUUUAUACACCAUUAUGAGAACUUCUGAGCAGCUCUAUUUGGGUCCUGGAGAUCAUGGAAAACUUCAUGAAGGAGGGCCCUGGCCCCAAUCCCACCAUGCUGAUAUACAUACAUACAUAUAUAUAUGUAUGUAUAUAUACCAUCUUCAUUCCAUGUUUUUGUGUUCUAUCUUUACCUGAAGACCUGGAACUUCAACUCCAGUUCCUACCCUGAGCCACUUGGCCUUCAUCUGAUCAGUGAAUAUUCAACAUAACUAUCAAACCCAGACCCUCUCUGCUGCUAGGCCAUCUUCAGGCCAUCAGUGCAUGUAUAUAGCACUCUUUUCCUACCUCCUCCCCAUUAUUUCUCCCUCAUUUUCCUCUGGUUGAAAUAAAAUUAAAAUUACUAUUCCUGGAAAGGAUGGAUAAAUUAGUUGCCCUAUGGCUUCAUUUAACAUUCCUGUGAUUUCCUUAACUCAAACACCCACCCUGUCUACCACUCCCCUAUGGAUGUUUUUUUCCCCUCUUAAAAUGUAAGCCACUUGAGGGCAAGGACUGUUUUGGGUUUUGUAUUUAUAUCCCCAGUGCUUAGCACAAGUCCU